AUGUUACGAAUCACUUUACUUUUAUCUGCGUUGUGGGCGCUGAUUGAUGCGGGUUCUGUAAAUCUUUGUAAAGAUAUGAAGGAUUGCGCAUCUUGUGCCGAAUCGUAUAUUUACGUUUUCGGAUUUCGAGAAUAUUGCAGGUGGUGCGCGGAAACUGCAUCGUGCGGUGGUCCAUUUGCGUGCUCGACCAGCAGUGGUGUGGUGCAACGUGAACCGUUCAUGUGUCCGGUACCAGUACCAACUGCAAAAGGCCGUCGUUAUACCGAUAAGCUUGGUCGGUCACUAUUCAGCCUUGCACUGGCUGUCAAAGAUACCGAUCCAACAAUAUGCCUGGCCAACAGCCGUCCAGAUGUGAAGUAA